AUGCAAUCUGCACCUUUGAUUUCGUUUUUAUUGACCUAUUUAGUGCAGUGGAGUGCAGCUUCGCUAUCAUCAAAUCGUAUAGUGGAUGCCGAGUUGCUGGUCGAGAGACAAAUACCGGCAGAGCCUACCAAUGUCACAACUAUUGUGUCGCCGAAAGGCUUCGAAAUUCGCUAUAGCGAGCCAGGUAAGCAUGGGGUUUGCGAGACGACGCCAGGUGUGCAUUCUUACUCCGGAUAUAUCAGCAUCGACAAUGAAACAAAUGUAUUCUUUUGGUUUUUUGAGGCUAGGAAUAAUCCGAAUGGAGCACCUAUCACUCUCUGGCUUGAGGGUGGGCCAGGUGCGGACUCGUUAUUCGGGCUUUUCGAUCUUGUUGGACCCUGUUACGUGACGGAUAAUUUUACUUCCACCUUGAAUGCGAACAGCUUUAACGAAGUGAGCAAUUUGCUCUUUCUGUCCCAGCCCAUCGGCGUUGGCUUCUCUUAUGCUGAGGCCGUUGUCGGCAUCAUCAAUGCAACAACAGGUUUGCCCCAAGAAACUUUGACACCGGAUGGCCGUUACGCAGACGUUGAUCCAUUACGGACAACUACAAGCUCGGCCGCUGCUAUUACUGCAUGGGAAGUUCUGCAGGCAUUCUUCGACGAGCUUCCUACAUUUGACGGACGGAUUCACUCUAGAGAGUUCAACCUAUGGACUCUUAGCUACGGCGGCCAUUAUGGACCCGCGUUCUUCGACUAUUUUUACCUGCAGAACGAACUAAUUAAGGCCGGGACUAUUGACGGCAUUCAACUCGAAAUGCAGUCACUCGGUAUCUUCAAUGGAAUCAUUGAUAUUGGUAUACAGAUGCCUUAUUACCCAGAGUUCGCUUAUAAAAACCAGUACGGCUUGCAACUCGUCAAUGAGUCGAUAUAUGACUUUAUGAAGACAGCUUAUUUAAUUGGCUGUUCCGAUUACCUCGAAGCUUGUCACGCCUCCGAUGUUCGCACUUUUAUAGGCCAAGUAAUCUGUGCUCAAGCCACCGCGGUAUGCCGUGUUAUGGUGGAAGGACCGGCCGAAGCACUGAGUGGUCGCAGCCCUUACGAUAUUCGAGCGUUGGCUUCAGCAGAUCCCGAGCCUGGAUACUGGAUCAAUUAUGUUAACACGGCGUUUGUGCAGAAUGCAUUGGGCGUCGAUCUCAACUACACGUCUGCAUCAAGCCAGCAAGUGCAGGAAGGCUUCCUUUCCUCCGGUGACUGGGCGUACAGUAAGCUGCCAGAACUGGAAAACCUUCUGAAUCUCGGUGUCAGGGUUGCGUUGAUCCAUGGAGACGCUGAUUAUCUAGCCAACUGGAUGGGUGGAGAGGCCAUUUCACUUGCGGUGAACUACACGCACUCGACAGAGUUCAGAUCUAGCGGAUAUGCGCCGUUCAUGGUCAAUGGAACAGAGUAUGGAGAGUCCCGCCAAUAUGGCAACUUUAGUUUCACGCGAAUCUACGAGGCUGGGCAUGAUGUGCCGUUUUACCAGCCAUCAGCUUCUCUGGAGCUCUUCAGGAGGGUGCUGCAUAAUCUAGCCGUAUCGGAUGGAGCACGAAUGUAA